AUGGAAAGUGGGGGGCGGGUGAGGGGAGGGAUGGCCUGGCGCUGGCGCGUGACUCGAGCAUGUCUUGCCAGGGUCGCGGCCGUCAAUUUUAAUGUUUGCUCCUGCACUGGGAACCGCUGCUCAUGCACAGGAAAUUCCGGUGUGCAGGUGCAGCCCACCAGUGGUGGCACUCCAUGGGGGGUCAGGGGAGGAAAGAGGCUGGGCCGCCUGCUCGAGGCGCCGCGGGCAGGGGAGAUCGACCCCGGCCAAUGCAGCGCCGGAGGCAUCGACGGGAAGCCCUCCCAGGCGAGAGCCUGCUCUUGCGAAGGGGGCCGCCCUCCGCGCCACUCUGCAGCUGCUGGAAAACAUCGGCAGGCGAAUUGUGCGCGGCAGCCGGCAGCGAGGGCCAUUUUUUUUGGGCACGGCCCGGCUCCCCCCCCCCCCCCCUCGGUGCAGUUGUUCGGUGCUGCCAGCUUCAGGGCCACAGCGGUCAGGUGGUCGGCACGAGGGCCGCUCUGG